AUGGGUGAAAACGAGUUGAGCAGGUUAAAGAAGCGUCGCGGUCUAGUUAAAGCAUCUCUCACGAGAUUUAAAACUUUCUUAGACGAUUAUGUACACGAUCGCGAUUAUUAUGUCUUAAAGGUUCGUCUUGAAAGGGCAAAUCUUCUGCUCGCAGAAUUUGAAGAAGUGCAUAUGGCAAUCGAAUUAGCUGAAAAUGCCAAUGAUGACGCAUCUAGACAACUAUUUGAGGAUAGUUAUUACGAGGCCAUAGCAACUUCCCAUAUAAACUUGCCGAAAUUUGAUGGCAAAUACGAGGAGUGGUUAAGUUUUGAAGACACAUUCAAUGCCUUAGUUCACAGUAACGUAAUAAUUCAGACAGUACAAAAGUUCAAUUAUUUGAAAUCAUGCUUGGUGGGCAACGCAGCUCACAUUAUUCAGUCAUUAACUUCAACUGCAGAGAAUUAUGAAAUCGCAUGGAACUUAUUAAAAGAGAGAUAUAGCAAUAAACGCAUUAUCAUUCAAAAUCACGUUAGAGCAUUAUUCGAUUUGCAAGUUGUAACUAAAGAGUCUUCACUGGGUUUGAGUACUUUGAUCGACACUGCACUUAAACACAUACAUUCUUUGCAGGCUUUAGAGCAGCCAGUGAUUGGCUGGGAUGCAUUACUCUUACAUUUGAUAGGUUCAAAGGUAGACAAGAAAACACAGAUGGAAUGGGAGAAAUCUCUAGAUGGCUCAGAGAUGCCCACAUUAGAACAAUACUUAAAAUUCUUGCGUAAUAGAUGUCAUGUUUUAGAAGCGAUACCCAAGGAUGCUGCGAAUGCAGCGAAUCAAAAGCAAUUAAAUGCGAAUAAGGUAACAUCAAGUAAACCAAAGCAGGCGUUACUUGAAACACAGAGUAAGGUUAAGUGUCAUGUUUGUGGAAAGAAUCACAACAUACAAAACUGCGAAGAGUUCCAGGCUAUGAGUCAAGGUGAGAAAUCAGAUGCUAUAAAGAAGGCAGGUUUGUGCUUUAAUUGUUUCAGAGCAAAUCACAAGGUUUCCGCAUGUAAAGCAAGUAGUUGCAGGAAGUGUGAUCGUAGGCAUCAUACUUUAUUACACCCGCUUAAUUCAAAAGAUACUCAUACAGCAAGCGGAGAGAAUGCUUAUCAGGAAGAGCAAAACAAGACUCAAGAUUCUAAACCAGUUAAUCAGAUUUUAAGUUCACAAUUGAGUGACACUUCACACAUUUUAUUAUCUACAGCCGUAGUAGAUAUCGCUGAUGUUACAGGAAAAUUCCACUCAUGUAGAGUAGUUUUAGAUUCGGGAUCUCAAUCGAAUUUUAUUGCGGAACAAUGUUGUGAUAAGUUGAAAUUAUUCAAAACCAAUGUAAAUGUUCCCGUCAAGGGAAUUGGAGAAACACUUUCACAAAUUAAGUUGUCGACAAAUGUUAUCGUCAAAUCCAGAAUUGAUGCAUUCACACUUAAGCUGAAUUGUUUAGUUAUUCGUAAGUUAACAGAUUUUUUACCGUCAAGGACAAUUGAUCGUGAAUCACUUGGCAUUCCUAAAAAUGUAAGGUUAGCAGAUCCUGGAUUUGAUCGACCGUCGCAUAUUGAUAUGCUUAUUGGCGCUGAAUACUUCUAUCAGUUACUAUGUAUAGGACAGAUUAAAUUAAAUUCUUGUUCAACUAUAUUACAAAAAACGAAGUUCGGUUGGAUAGUUUCUGGCAAGAUUAAUUCUCUUGAACCUCUAACAACUAGUUUAUGCCAUAUCUCUCGAGGUACACUGGACGAUGCUGUGCAAAGAUUCUGGGAAAUAGAAGAGCUACCAGCUAAACGGAUAUUAUCACCGGAAGAUGAGAAAUGUGAACAACAUUAUAAGGAAACUUUCAAGAGAUUAUCUUCUGGACGUUUUUCAGUAAGAUUACCUUUCAAUAAUCAAAGGAAGAAAUUAGGCGAGUCAUAUGAGAUAGCGUUAAGACGAUUGCUAAGUUUAGAAAGAAGAUUAAACGCAAGGCCUGAAUUAUACGAGGAUUACCGAAGUUUCCUUCGGGAAUAUGAAGCUCUUGGACACAUGACUGAGGUCAAGGAAGUAAACAAGAAAGAAGGAUAUUUUCUUCCUCAUCAUUCUGUUAUAAAGGAAUCCAGUACUACAACCAGACUCAGAGUAGUUUUUGACGCGUCAGCUAAAACCACUAGUGGCAUCUCAUUGAAUGACACAUUAUUUAGUGGUCCAACAGUUCAACAGGACCUUCUGUCUAUUGUGCUAAGAUUUCGUUUGCACUAUAUAGUUUUUACAGCAGACAUUCAGAAGAUGUACAGACAAGUACUCAUACAUCCAGAAGAUUGUUUACAUCAGAGGAUCUUGUGGAGAAAUAAUUCUCAAGAAAUCAUUCGAAGUUAUGAGCUCAACACGAUAACGUAUGGAUUGUCCUCGGCACCAUACCUGGCUACGCGUACAUUGAUUCAAUUAGCGAAGGAGGAAAAACAAAAUUAUCCUGAGGCAGCAGAUAUCGUCAUGAGAGAUUUCUAUGUCGACGAUCUAUUAACUGGAGCUGAAACACUUGAACAAGCGAUAAAAUUGAAAACUCAGAUUACAGAAUUAUUAAAUAGCGGAGGUUUUAAGCUACGCAAAUGGGCUUCUAACCAUUCUCAGCUCAUUGAAUCCCCAACAAAUGAGCAGCAAGAAGAGCAGUGGUGCUUCGAUUUUAUGGAGGCACACAAAACAUUAGGGAUUCUCUGGAAUCCACAACAAGAUUGUUUUUUGUACCGACUGACAACGCAUCAGGAAGUAUCUAAGAUAACCAAACGAGUUGUUUUAUCACAAACAGCAUCUUAUUACGAUCCUCUUGGAUUGAUAGGGCCAGUCAUUGUUAAGGCCAAGAUAUUACUUCAGAAUAUAUGGAAACUACAAUUAACUUGGGAUGAAACAGUUCCAAUGGAAAUUCAUACAGCGUGGAGAACACUUAAGGAUAGCAUAUCUGACUUAAAAAACAUUGCAUUUCCUAGACACAUCUGUUUAGCAAGAGCAGUGGAACUCCAACUUCAUGGAUUCGCUGAUGCUAGCGAGGUUGCUUACGGAGCAU